AUGGCACCAAUUUGGCAACAGAAAUCAGAGGAAGCACGGGGCGCUGUAAUGGCCAAAAUCCCCAAGGAGUGGCUGCUACCUGCCCCGACUCUAUCUUCGCUACCAUUAGACGUCAACCCAGUCUUCAAGAGCUGUGGCCUUCUGUCAGACCGAGAUUUAGAAAUCACUGACGCCGAUGAUGUGACCAAGAUCCUCGAGCGGAUUCGAAGCAAAGAAUGGUCGGCCAAGGAUGUCACCAUUGCCUUCUGUAAACGUGCGGCUAUCGCUCAUCAAUUGGUCAAUUGCCUUAUGGACAUCGACUUCGAAGGAGCCAUCAAGCGAGCCUCUGAACUAGAUGACCACCUGGCAAAGACUGGGCAGGUCGUGGGCCCUCUUCAUGGACUUCCAGUGAGCUUGAAGGAUUUGACGGCGGUCAAAGGGAUGCGAUACUCGAUCGGCUUCGCCGUUUGGGGAGACUGCAAAUCGGACAAUGAUGCAUGGAUCGUGCAGAGCCUUCGCAAGGCCGGUGCUGUGGUAUAUGUCAAGACCACGAUGCCGCAGACAGGGAUGGCGCUUGAGACGACAUCCAACCUCUGGGGACGGACACUGAACCCAUUCAACAGCAAGCUGAGCCCCGGAGGAUCGUCUGGAGGUGAGGGAGCAUUGGUUGGAUGCCACGGCAGCCCGAUCGGUAUUGCGACCGACAUUGGAGGCUCGAUCCGAGCACCAGCGGCCUUUAACGGACUUUAUAGCAUCAAGCCAUCAUCAAGACGGUGCAGUUAUUUGGGAAGCAUCGUCCCCGUUCCCGGUCAGAUCGCCAUCCCAUCUGCCAUCGGUCCAGUCGGUCGCAGCUUGCGUGAUCUAGAAUUGAUCUGUAAGACCUGGACUGACGAUGAACCCUGGCGCAUGGAUCCUUCAAUCGUGCCCAAGCCCUGGAUCAAGCAGGACCCGCCCAAGAAAGUCACCAUCGGUGUCAUCGCGUUCGAUGAGGUUGUCAUGCCGCACCCACCUGUCCAACGUGCGUUGCGUGAGACAAUCAAGAAGCUGAAAGCUGCAGGACAUGAAGUCGUUGAGAUGAAACCUUACAAACACGGAUACUCGUGGGAAAUCACGAGACCGCUGUACUUUCCUACGGCCGCUCGUCAACACAAGGAAUUCCUUGCACAGACGGGCGAACCAAUGAUUCCAGGCGCAGAAAAGCUGAUUGCCGGACUCAAGGAACUGUCGGUGCCUGAAUUGAUGAGUCUCCAGGCACAACAAGUUGCGUAUCAAGUAGCGUACUUGAAACACUGGGAAUCGACCGCAUCGCUCACCUCGAACGGUAAACCCGUGGAUGCGAUCCUAACUCCCAGCUCGGCUUGUGCGAGCUACCCCCAUGAUUGGUUAUUAUGGUGGGGAUAUUUCUCCGUGUGGAACCUACUCAAUUACCCAGCUAUCACUUUGCCUGUUGGCAAGGUGGACAAGAACAUCGACAAGGCCGACCCAACAUAUAAACCGGUCAACGACACCUGGGAUCAGGAGAACUAUGAGAUUUAUGAUCCUGAAUUGUUCCAUGGUGCCCCCAUCAGCUUGCAGCUGGUUGGCCGUUAUUUGGAGGAGGAGAAAUUGUUUGCCGUUGCGGAGACUAUCGAUAGAGAUGCGAUUCGGAAGUAAGGGCUCUGAGAAGAGUUUCUCG